UGGCAAGCUUAUAUAUUGUGAAACUGGAUGAACAGCGGGGAAAACGAAAAACAAAAUACUAGCCGAAUCGUACCAACAAGAUCACAGAAAAGAUCGGCCUGGUUUUCUUCUCACGACCGUUCUGCCGCGAUUUGUUUCUUCUUAUCACAACAAGGCGAAAAUCAAAAUUGACACCGAGAAUGACGCACUCGGGCAACGAUCGGUUCUUCCACGCGCUGCUGCGGAAUGACGCGCAUCCACUAACGCUGAAGCAUACCAAAACCGCCCUGCCAACAAACCGACCUUCGACAUUUCUUAACGGCGGGUCAAAGGUAUCUGUAUACGAUCUUGCGUUUGUAUGUUCGUGCGGACCUGCAACUAAUCAAAAUCUUGCAUGCGAUCGAGCCACGAUGUCCUUAUCGUGAUCCUGUGUUUCCAAUCCAACUCGACAGCGCACACAGCCACCUGCACGGGGCCCUGGUUCGGGCGCAGCAUUUGUUGACGGCGUCCCGGAAACAAGAACGCCCGCAAGUGGCGAAACUGCGCAGGCCUCCAAGCACUCGAUGCUUUCCGCCCAGAGCGCGGCAUGCAUUGCCUCGUAUGGAUUGCAAAUAUGCCUGUGGAUCCGGAAAACAAAGUGUAAACUUUUGAUGCGUCGUGCGGGGCACACAAAAAUCAGUCCUAUUUGGCUAUUAUACCUGCAGUUGGCGGCCCCUUUGAUCUCAAUUGGGGAAGAGUUUUCUCAUGCAGGAUUUGCAUUGUCAAGAGCUGCUCACAGGUGAGUCUGUGAUACUAGACCCUGCCUUUCAGACCUCAUUCUCGGGCAUGGAACACCCGCAUGACAAUAAUCCUAGCGGGAGCACACCGCUUCGACUUCCAGAGCCAGCAGACGUAUUUGCAGUUGAUACACCGCGCAUGAGCACCAUGUCCACCCGGGGGAAGCCACGGUUUGUGCCAGGUAGUAAGUUGUACUUGAUAUACUAAAAGUUGCUAUAAUGUGGAAUUGGUAUUGUGCGUUCUCUGCUCCACUCGCUCUCUGUUGCCGCACCGUGUGCACUUGCAUGAAAAAUGAGCAAUAAGGGUCGUGUCAGGUGGGCAGACUUUUUGUACUUACCGUAUGAGAAAUGUUUCGUUUCGAGAACAAGAUGAAAAUCACUCCAAGGUUUGCAAAGCAAGGAACUCCUGAAGAUGGAGCACAAAACCCAAGACUUCGAGUACAUGCAGAGGAGGCGGGAGGAAAAGCUGCAGGAAAUUCAGCGGCUGAAGCAGGAGCUGCAACGGGCAAAGCAGAAGGAGAUGCAGGAGCUGAAAUUGCGGUACCAACAGGAGCGGCAGUGGCGGGAACACGUGAAAAGUUUGAAACAGCAGAAGGACAGCGAUGUGCGCAAUUUCAGACGGAGCAUGCAGAAGGAGGACCAGGAAAUGAGGAGGGACGCGGAACUCUUGAUGCGUACAGAACAAAAGUUUUAAUCGUCCAGUUUUACGAUGAUUUUUCAUGCAUGACGAUAACGCGACAAAGAAAAUCAGUUACUUCAAUGCCAGUGUGGGUCAUUUUGCUUUCCAAUCGAUUUCCAUAAUAUCCCAGGUGAAUUUGAACACGAGCAGGCGAAAGAGGAAUGGCAAGUGCGUAUGAGAGUGCACAGCUUGUUUCCUCUCCUUCAUUUAGCAUACAAAUUUCCAUGUCCACUCUCAGCUCUGCUCGGGUGACAUCAGCAUCAGGAGGUCGCGUAUACGAAAUGUAGUGCUACAAUCGUCCAUGAUGUGCCACGGACUUCCCGUUCAGAGACAGCAUCUUCAUUUGCGGCCUUGGUGUUCCUGCUGCAUCUGCCCUUCGAAAAAUGAAGCGCAGUGGGAGCAGGUGUUGUGCACUCUCAUAUUGCAGGCUAGUCAACACGCGAUCGUGGGCUAGAAGAGCGCGGCUGUUUUAAAGCGGUUUCGAGCUCGAAGUAUGUAUGGCAGUGGACAACUUCUUCCUCUUCCCGGCGUUUGUGAUGCAAAAGACCGGUUUCGCUUCCAGGUCCAGCGCUUGGCAACGUGAGCAUCGAGGAGGAGGGGUUGUUCACUAUCAUGCUCUAGGGCCCGCCUUGUUGUGGAGUACCUUCGUGUAAGAUUUUUUCUACGAAUUGCAAUUUUCUGUACCUAAAUGAGUUGGAUUUAUUUCGGAGGAUGAAACACUCCCAAUAUCACUGCAGUAUGCUGUCAUGACCCCAUUAGCGGCCGAAGCCGAAUGUAAAGACCAUGAGAUUUUUGUGCACUAUUUACGGAAUGAGCAGAAAUUGACGUUUCCCUUUGUACGAUGGUGGACAAGAAGAGCAUCACGUGAAUGCGAGGUAGGUGACGACUCUCAAACACAAGAAAAAUCAAUGCUAGUGAGAACUGGUGGUGCACAUGCCGUCCGCUACAGGCGGCGGUGGGAAGCGCAGAGAUUUG